AUGGUCCGCACGGUAUCUGCACGGUACGCUCCGCAACGGCAAAGCAAGCAAAGACUGCUCGGCAAGAGUAGGACGCAGUGCCAAUGCCUCAUCCUUGAUAGUACCCUUCUCAUCGGCUCAAUUUGGGUAGCUUUAGAAUUUUCCUAA